AUGUCCGCGCCAAAAUUCCAAACGGGACUGCGCGCCUCCCGCGUGUCCCUCCGCCGGCUCCGAGGCCGGGACUACAGGAGUAAACGGACUCAAGAGGAUGGAUCUUCACUUAAGGAAGUUGGAACGUAUCACCGGACACGUUCUUUAAGGUCUUUGAGAAAAAGUGCACAGACUUCUUCAGAUUCUAGUUUUGAUAAGAAAAUGGACAUAACGGAGAAACAUGCUAAUGGCAGGCACUUUACAAGGCAAUUGGCCAGACAACAGGCAGAUAAAAAGAGAGAAGAGUACAAAGAAGAUAAAGUGAUUACACGGUCAUUGAGGACCAGAAACAUUGUUCAAACUGUGGAACACUUGCAUGAAGAAAACGGUGAUGUUGAAGUUCGUCGCAGUUGUAGAAUUAGAAGUCGUUACAGUGCUGUGAAUCAGUCUGUGCUAUUUGACAAACUCAUAACAAACACUGCUGAAGCUGUACUUCAAAAAAUGGAUGACAUGAAGAAGAUGCGUAGACAGCGACUGAGAAAACUUGAAGACUUGAGAGUGUAUAAUGAAACAGAAGAAGGCAGUCUUAAUAUGUACACAAGGGGGAAACAGGAAGGAAUUCAAAGAGCUGAUGAAGAAACAACUGAUAACCAAGAAGGCAGCAUAGAGUCAUCUGAAGAGGGUGAACACCAGGAAGAUGAAGAUGAUGGUGAAGACGAAGAUGAUGAAGAAGAAGAAGAAGAAGAUGAUGAUGAUGAUGAUGAUGAUGAUGAUGAUGAUGAUGAUGAUGAUGAUGGAGAAGAAGAUAAUCAAAAACGAUACUAUCUUAGACAGAGAAAAGCAACUGUUUACUAUCAGGCUCCAUUGGAAAAACCUCGCCACCAGAGAAAGCCCAACAUACUUUAUAGAGGCCCAGCUUCUCCUACAAGACCAAGAUAUCGAUUAUCUUCUGCAGGACCAAGAAGCCCCUAUUGUAAACGAAUGAACAGACGAAGGCAUGCAAUCCACAGUAGUGACUCUACUUCUUCAUCCUCCUCUGAAGAUGAACAGCAUUUUGAAAGGCGAAGAAAAAGGAGCCGUAACAGAGCUAUCAAUAGGUGCCUCCCAUUAAAUUUUCGGAAAGAUGAGUUAAGAGGAAUCUAUAAAGAUAGAAUGAAAAUUGGAGCAAGCCUUGCUGAUGUUGAUCCAAUGCAACUGGAUUCUUCAGUACGAUUUGAUAGUGUCGGUGGCCUGUCUAGUCAUAUUGCAGCUCUAAAAGAAAUGGUGGUAUUUCCAUUACUUUAUCCAGAGGUCUUUGAAAAAUUCAAAAUUCAACCCCCAAGAGGUUGUUUAUUUUAUGGUCCACCUGGAACUGGAAAAACUCUGGUUGCUAGAGCACUUGCCAAUGAGUGCAGUCAAGGGGAUAAAAGAGUAGCAUUUUUCAUGAGGAAAGGAGCUGAUUGUCUAAGCAAAUGGGUAGGGGAGUCUGAAAGACAGCUUCGGUUGCUAUUUGAUCAGGCCUAUCAGAUGCGCCCAUCAAUUAUUUUCUUUGAUGAGAUCGAUGGUCUGGCUCCAGUACGGUCAAGCAGGCAAGACCAGAUUCACAGCUCUAUUGUUUCCACUCUCCUGGCUCUCAUGGAUGGUUUGGACAGCAGAGGAGAAAUUGUGGUCAUCGGUGCCACCAACAGACUGGACUCCAUAGACCCCGCAUUACGAAGACCUGGUCGCUUUGACAGAGAAUUCCUUUUUAGCCUACCUGAUAAAGAUGCUCGAAAAGAGAUUCUAAAGAUUCACACAAGGGAUUGGAAUCCCAAACCAUUGGACAUAUUUCUAGAAGAAGUAGCCGAAAACUGUGUUGGCUACUGUGGUGCAGACCUUAAGUCAGUAUGCACUGAAGCUGCCUUAUGUGCUCUGCGUCGACGUUACCCACAGAUCUACACAACUAGUGAGAAGCUGCAGUUGGAUCUCUCUUCAAUUAAUAUCUCUGCCAAGGACUUUGAGGUAGCCAUGCGGAAGAUGGUACCAGCCUCCCAGAGAGCUGUGGCAUCCCCCGGGCAGGCCCUGUCUGCCAUUGUGAAGCCCCUCCUGCAGAGUACUGUGCACAGAGUCUUAGAAGCAUUGCAGAGAGUCUUUCCACAUGCAGAGGUCGAAGCAAGUAAAGCGCUAGAUGCAGAUAUUUCUUGUCCUCUUCUAGAAAGCGAUUUGGCAUACAGUGAUGAUGAUGUUCCAUCAGUAUAUGAAAAUGGACCUUCUCGAAAAUCCUUUCAUAAAGCAAAAGAAAAUUUUAAUUUUCUUCAUUUGAAUAGAAAUACUUGUUACCAACCCAUGUCUUUCCGACCAAGAAUAUUAAUCGUGGGAGAACCAGGAUUUGGACAGGGUUCUCAUGUGGCACCAGCUGUCAUCCAUGCUCUGGAAAAGUUCACUGUCUAUACACUGGACAUUCCUGUUCUCUUUGGAGUCAGCACUGCAUCUGCUGAAGAAACAUGUGCCCAGGUGAUUCGUGAAGCUAAGAGAACAGCCCCAAGUAUAGUCUAUGUUCCACAUAUUCACUUGUGGUGGGAAGUGGUUGGGGCAACACUCAAAGCCACAUUCACCACAUUAUUACAGAAUAUUCCUUCAUUUGCUCCAGUUUUACUGCUUGCAACUUCUGACAAACCCCACUCUGCUCUGCCAGAAGAGGUGCAAGAAUUAUUUUUCCAUGAUUAUGGGGAGAUUUUUAAUGUCCAGUUACCAGGCAAAGAAGAACGGACAAAAUUUUUUGAAGAUUUAAUUCUUAAACAAGCUGCUAAGCCUCCUGUAUCAAAAAAGAAAGCAGUUUUGCAGGCCUUGGAGGUCCUGCCAGUAGCACCACCACCUGAGCCAAGACCACUGACAGCAGAAGAAGUGAAACGACUGGAAGAACAAGAAGAAGAUACUUUCAGAGAACUGAGGAUUUUCUUAAGAAAUGUCACACAUAGGCUUGCUAUCGACAAACGGUUCCGAGCAUUUACUAAGCCUGUUGACCCUGACGAGGUUCCUGAUUAUGUCACUGUGAUAAAGCAACCGAUGGACCUGUCAUCUGUAAUCAGUAAAAUUGAUCUACACAAGUAUCUGACUGUGAAAGACUAUUUGAGAGAUAUUGACUUGAUCUGUAGUAAUGCUUUAGAAUACAAUCCAGACAGAGAUCCCGGAGAUCGUCUUAUUAGGCACAGAGCCUGUGCGUUAAGAGACACUGCCUAUGCAAUAAUUAAAGAAGAACUUGAUGAAGACUUUGAGAAACUUUGUGAAGAGAUUCAGGAAUCUAGGAAGAAAAGAGGUUGCAGCUCUUCCAGAUAUGCCCCAUCUUACUACCAUGUGAUGCCAAAGCAAAAUGCCACUCCUGCUGGUGACAGAAGGUCAGAUCUAGACCAGAAUGAAAAGCCAAAGACUCUCACUACUCCCGUGGCUUGCAGCACGCCUGCUCAGUUGAAAAGAAAAAACCGCAAAAAGUCCAAGUGGUACUUAGGCACCAUAACAAAGCGAAGGAAGAUUUCACAGGCGAGAGAUGGUAGCCAGAGCACUGUGCAUGACAAAGCUGACAGUGACACAGAGGAGACUCAGGACACAAGUGCAGACCACAACGAGACUGGAAACACGGGGGAGUCCUCAGUAGAAGAAAAUGAGAAGGAGCAAAACCCCUCUGGGAACAAAAUGGAAUUGGGAAGCCAUAACUCUAGCACUUGUACCACUGAGAAUGAGCUCGAAUCCAGGAAGGCUGCAGCAUGUGCAGAAUUGAGAAAAGAUAAGAUUGUUUGCAACGGAGAUAUUUCUGGCUCUCAAAUAAUGGGCAUUUCCGAUGAAAAUGAAGCAAAAGAAAUGUGUCUUCUGCGAAUGACGAGAGCAAGACGCUCACAAGUUGAGCAGCAGCAGCUCAUCAGCGUUGAGAAGGCCCUUGCAAUCCUCUCUCAGCCCACACCCUUACUUGUCGUGGACCAUGACCAAUUAAAAAGUCUUUUGAAGACUGUUGUUAGAAAAAGCGAAGCCUACAAUAUAUUUCAGCUGGAGAACUUGUACGCAGUGAUCAGCCAGUGUAUCUAUCAGCAUCGCAAGGACUACGACAAAACAGCACUCAUUCGGAAAAUGGAGCAGGAAGUAGAAAACUUCAAUUGUUCCAGAUCAUGAUGGCAUCCUAUCAAGUAUUUUUUAUGUUCAGAUUCAAUUUAAUUACCUUUCAUGUAUCCUCAGAGUAAUUGAUGCAAGAUGAAAUCCUGCAUCUCACAGGAAACAAUUGAAACAGGCAAACAUAUUUAAACUUUCCUGAUAGUUAUGUACAUGUGUACGGUAGUUGACAAACACCAUAAGCUUGUUUGAACAAGGCACUAUAAUAAUAAUAGUUGACAUUUAGCCAGCUUUUUAAAUCUGAAUGUUAAAAACAUGAUGUUAUCUCCAUUUCAAAGUCCUUGAUGGGCUUAUGAUGGUCAGAUGAAAUGAUUUUUUUUUUUGCACGGGGAUUGAACUUGGGACUUUGCACUUGCAAGGCAAGCUGUGGCACCACUGAGUGGAAUCCUAGCCCUAGCCAGCUUUUUUUUAGUAAAGCUGUUUUGUGGUCCUGGUGCCUCGCGGCACUUAGGAUUACUUAGCAGUGAUGAGUUGUGAAGUACACACUGCGACUCCCACCCCGGUCACCAUCACCACCGCCUGGCUCUUGCUUCAGUGGCCCUCGCCCCUCCCUGAAAUGCCAGAGUCCAGGGCACACAAUCAUUCUCUACUUGAGUGUCACAGUCAAAGCUUUUUAGAUAGACAAUUUUAUAAUUCUAAUUUGGGUUAAUAAAGAUUUUU